CAGUUCUCACUGUCAACAGCCUCCCAUCCUGAAGACACGCUCACCACAACUGAGAGAGUGGGGAAACAGUUUGAGACCUAGCAUCAUUUAAACCUCCUCCACAGGCAGAAAAGCCAGAAAAGAAAAAUGAAGACAGGACAUUUUGAAAUGAUCACCAUGCUGCUGUCAGCUAUGAUUCUAAUGGACGUCUUCCAGGUGAAGGCUGAAAUGUUAGACAUGGCAGAUAAUGCAUUUGAUGAUGAAUACCAGAAAUGUACUGACAGGAUGGAAAUCAAAUAUGUUCCCCAACUGCUCAAGGAAGAAAAAACAAGCUAUCAACCCUUAGAGGAUGUGUGGGAAAAUGCAAAAGCCAAAUGGGAAGCUCGGAAGACUCACAUCUUUCUCCCUGUGAGUUUUAAGGAUAACCACGGAAUAGCCCUGAUGGCAUAUAUUUCUGAAGCUCAAGAGCAAACUUCCUUUUACCACCUGUUCAAUGAGGCUGUGAAGAUGGCUGGCCAAUCUCGAAAAGAUUAUAUCUAUGGCUUCCAGUUCAAAGCUUUUCAUUUUUACCUGACAAAAGCCCUGCAGUUGCUGAGAAGACCUUGUGAGGACAGUUACAAAAAUGUGGUGUAUAGAACAAGCCCAGGAGCUUCAUUUACGUUUGGAGGAUUAAACCAAGCCCGAUUUGGCCAUUUCACCUUGGCAUAUUCGGCCAAACCUCAAGUUGCAAAUGACCAACACAUUCUGUUAACCAUCCACACAUGCUUUGGAGUUGCCAUUGAAAGACUAAAAACUGCGAAUUGUGUUGAGAACAUGGAAUAUUUUCAACCCAUCUCCAGCCCUGGUGAUAAAAGCCAGAAGCUUGAAGAGCCUGAAAAGAAAAGCCAGGAGUCCACUGUGUUACCUGACAUGAAGAGUCAUGAACCCAUCCAAAUACCCGCCACGAAGGUUUUCAAAGCUCCAGGUCCAGGUCCAGCUCCAGUUCCAGUUCCAGGUCCCAAAACCCAUCCCUCUGCAUCCUCUGGCAAAAUGCUCCUUCCACCAUUUGGGACAGUCAUCAUUUUAAUCAGUGCUUCUGCUAUAUGUCUCUUUGUUGCUCUGUAGGCUGAUACAUUCUUUAUUACUUGAAAUACAUUAUAGGGAUCCUACAGAAAAUCAUCAAAAGGAAUGAUGUAUUUUUCACUUGUUGGCCAAAGUCAAUUAAUAAAAUGAGAACUGCAUUUAUGUUACUCACUUUGCAAAUUCAGAAAGUUGGUCCAGAUAUUACAAAGUCAUUUUCACUUAUUUGUGUAUUAACCUUAGGAUUGCAGAAAAACUGUCUACUUCUUACUGAAUUCAAUAAAAGACUUUAAGAUUA